GCAGUCAGCUCAGUCAGUCAGUCAGUAACGCUGAACCUGUCGUCGUCGCCGUUUAGUUUUUCUGUUACCGCAAAACGCUUCGAAUUUGUGUAUUUCGAAUUUUCAUUGUCUAUUUGUUUGUUUUUUUCGCGUGUGUGAGAACGUAAUUUCCAUGAAUUUUUGCGCUAUUGAAUCGAAAUUGAUGACGGUUCCAGUGCUUCAAUGAUUGCCAUUUCGCCGUGUGGCAAUUGCUCUUUGUGGAGCAUUCAAAUGAGCUUUUUGGAUCAGAGUUACGUCUCUGAUUACCAGUUCCAGUUUCGCUGGUUGCCCCCGAAAAAAAGCAGAAGCCAACUUGAAUACAAAUUAAAAAUUAUCUACUUCCUAACAAGUGAUGAAUGAAUGUCGGCUUAACCUUAGCCCGACCAUAAGAAGUGGAAAGAAGUUCAUUGAAAUUCUGUGAAAAGCGAAAAUAUAUCAAAAUAUUUGCAUGCUAAAAACUGUUUUCAAAGUGCUUGUGAUCGUUUUACCGGAGCUUAGUUUAUUUUAUACAUUUUCGAGGAAUUUUACGAACUGAUCGAUGAGCAGCAGCUAUAAGCCCCGCAGUAGUGACGAGGCCCUAGCCGAGCAGUUUAGCUUAGCCCGUGCCGGAAGUGGCACCAAGCCCCCGGCCACUCCCACCUACCGACAAAUAUCCGGCGCCAUGGCAACCCUGCCGCGCCAUGAUAACAACCACAAUCAAAGUGACAGCUCCAACCGCCUGCGCAGCGAUUCCACAGCCACGUCGCGAACCUGUGUUUAUAUUGGUGGGGCGCCGACGAGCGGUGGAACAGGAAAUGGUCAGAUAUCCGUGACCCUGGAUCGUCGGCAACCGCAACGAAUGUCCUGGCUGAAUAUGCGAAAGGCCAAGGCCAAUGAGACGGAUCUGCCUACGGUUACGCCCUCGCCCCAGACCACUCGCAGUUGCAUCUCCACGGUGUCCAGUGUGGUGGACAGUGGAGGCGGUCGUACUACCGCUACUUCUGGUCGCAUCAGCUCCAGCGGCAUCGUCACCCUGAGCGGCAGCAACAACACACUGAGCGAAAUCCAGGGUGGAUACCACGACAUGGAUCAUGACGCGGUGUCCAAGAACUUCUCCGUGUCGGCAUCUGCCCACUCCGCCCACAACAUAACCACGGCCAGCAAUGCCAAGUUGCUGCCCGCCGUCGAGGAUGAGUCCAACAAACAGACGAAAUGCUCGGUGUUCCGCGGUCUCGUGCUCUGUUUGUGCCUGAACCUGAGCUACGCGAACGUGGUCCGCUUCCCACGCGAGUUGGACCGCUACGGGUCGGCGUACCUGGUGCCGUAUGUGGUAUUGCUGUUUCUAGUCGGCCUGCCCAUGAUUCUGCUGGAGAUUUCAGUGGGCCAGUUCUUGGGCCAGGGGGCGGCGCACACCUGGCGUGCCUCGCCCAUUUUCAAAGGAGCCUGCAUUAUCAGUCGCUUCGCCUCUUGGCUUUCGGCCAUUUGGGUGUCCUUGCAGGCCGUGCUGGCACUGGCCUACAUAGGGAUGUUUGCCUCCAAUGACCUGCCAUUCCGGGAAUGUGCCGGACCCGUGAGGUUGCGAAUGAGUGGCUAUCUCCUGACGGGAACCAGUGGACAGGAGUGUCUGCAGCAGACCUUCCUAACACCCUUUUGGCGUAAUCCCAUGUACUUUGGCCUCCUAGCAGCCGGAUUGAUUGGUCUUUGGAUAGUGGUAAUGCUGUGCACGCAUAAUGCCAAGAUCCUGCGACGCAGCAUCUUCGUCUAUGGACUAGCCGGUCUGACACUGCUUUGCACUCUCACUGGUUGGGAGGUGCGCAACUCCUUUACACGUCACUACUUCCCGGAACUUUGGGGCUUCGAUGCCACUUUGCUGACCGAGAGCAACAUCUGGUUCAAUGCCCUGAUGCAGGUCCUCUUCUCGGUGAACUGUGGCUUUGGAGCCCUGCCCAUGGUCACGGGCAAGUUCCUGUACAAAGGAGACGCCGUGAGAACCUCGGUGGUUUACCUCUGCUUCAACCUGCUGAUCAACGCCAUUGCCGUGACUCUGUUCAUGGUCCAGUUCGAUCUCUCGGCCAAUGGCUACCAAAAUAUGGAGGAGCUAAAGCCGCUGACCGCCAUUUACGAUCGGGUGUUGAAUGGCUCCCGGGAGGGUGACAGCCAUUUGCUGCAGCAUUUGGUUCCAUCGUUGAUUUACGUCUUGAUUAUCCUCUCUGCCAUGGUCUCCAUUACGGUGGCGGUCUACACCUCCACGCGUCUCGUGCCUAGACGUCCUAACUAUGUGAUCUGCCUAAUUGGACUUGUGGUGGCGGUAAUUUCCUUUGCGGCGCCAAAGUUCCUCAUCGCCCGCGUGCUGGACUCGCGACUGGUGGGCACCAUGGUGGUGACGGCCUUGGUGUUCGAGCUGAUUGCCAUAACUUGGAUCUAUGGAGCCAAGAACAUCUACACCGAUCUGGAGUUCUCGAUCGGACGUCCCAUCUUCCGAGUCUGGAUGUGGUUGUGGGUCAUCUGCCCGGCCAUACUAACUGGAAUUCUGGUUUGGUGGUGUGCGGACGAUGAUCAGUACGAUCUGCUGGCGGAGUAUCUGCCACGUUGGGCACCAAUUCUUUUUGUGUUGGCCGUGAUAGUGAUUAUCGCCUGUGUGCAGAUCUUCCGACAGGUGGAGUACAAUUUCUUUGGAAUGAUCUGCGAGGCCUCCAAGCCGGCGAAGGAAUGGGGACCAGCGGAUCCCUUAGCCCGUCACUCCUGGAAGCAGUGGCGCUCCGUUUGCCAAGAUACAGGACGCAGGGACUUCACCCUAAGGAGAAGGGGAACCCGGGACUACACGCACUCCAUCAAGAAGGGUCAGUACUCGAGUGCGACAAAGUAUGGAGUUCAGAAUGGAGGUCAAACACAGACGCCCAUGCAUCAACAGCACUGGAAGUCAUCCACACCGGGGAACAGUUCUCCCAACUACAGUGGAUCCAUGUUUGGGGAUUCAGCUAUCGAAGAAGAUAUCAGUGUGGAUAAGUUUCCGGGGAUCACGCAGCAGCAGUAUGUGCCUUUCCAGGCUAGUGAUACGAAGCCCACGAGGUAUUCCCAGAGGAUGAGGCAGACUGCUCAGCCGCAGACCCAAACACAGAUGCGACCGCCCAGGGAAUCGGUGGAGAAGCAUCGCGAAGUGGUGUACAUACGUCGCCUGUCCGACGGAGGAAGCGGUACAGGCCAUGCCACAAGGAUAGAGAUCUCGCCCUCGAACGAAUCUAUAACCUAUGGCAAUGGCAAGAGCAACAAUAACUCCGCUUUGGCCAUGUCUCGGAACCCGCUUGGCCGCUCCACGGGAUGUCUGGCCGCUCCCGCCCAACCGCCGCCGCCCAGCGUUCAUGUAAAGCGGUCGGCCAGCUCGGUGGUCAACGUCAACUCGCACAAAUUGCCGCCACCUGCGACCGCUGGUGGAGCGGCGGAUCACAUUUGCUGGCGAAAGUUCAACGUCAAACCGGAAGAGUAUUCCACGGAGCUGUGAAAUCAGGGGAGAACUAGAACCAGAAGUAGGAAUAAGAAACGAAGCAUUCACAUUCAAAAAGACUUGUUGCAUCCAAAACAAACGUAUCUGUAUCUGUAAUCCGUAUUGCACCUAAGGCACACCUAACUUUAAGCUACGAAUAACGAAGCAUGUCCAUAUGGAAAGUGUAUCUUCUAGUUGCGAGCUGUAAAUAGAGAGAGAGAGAGAGAGAGAAUGGAGAGAAGAGCAUCCCUAGAUAUAGUUCUACGAUCUAGUUCCUUAGCUUAAGUCGAUAAAAUUCCGUGGUCAUCGUUCUUCAUCUGGAAAUCAGGAGCAGGAAAUGAAGGAGUACACACUUAGUCUAAGCACGUUGAACUAUCAUGGAUUCGAGUGCCUGAAAAAAACACGAAAUAACUGAAAUAACCCUAAGCAUCUACAGUUCUUAGGUAGUCCGUAGUCUUAUGACCCCAUAAACUAAGCAUCCAUUGUAAAGUUACAUAACAAAAACAAAAACACAACGAUUUCGAAAACGAUCUUAUGUAAUAAAUAGUACGAUUAGUAAAUUAUGA